AUGUUGUCACUUGGAUUAUUGACUAUGUGCUGCGGUGUAUGGAGUUGGAUGUACAUGAGUGCCAGCGGAGCAUCUUUGACCAGUCGAGUGGCGGAGGCGCCGCAGGAGUGCGAGUGGCAGCGUGUAUCGGGAGGCGCGGGUGAGCCCACGAGAGUGCAGCUCGCGUGCUCGCUCAAGACCGCCGCAGGCGCCACCGACUUGCUGGCCGGCCUCAGCACCUCGCAGGCGCAGCGAAUUACAUCGCUCGAUCUACAUUGUACUGAUGUGCUUUUCUUUGAAAGUUCAUUGGAUGUGGGAAGAAGAAAAGAAGAGGGUACUGAACUUCUGUCGAGAUUUCAUAACUUAAAAGAAAUGAGAAUUGAAUCUUGUAAGAUAAGAUAUGUACCGUCGUCCGUGUUGUCACCGCUGAGUGGCUUAAGAAGUUUAAGUAUUCGUACGCAUAAUACAGAUUGGUCAGCGAUGUCUAUGGAGUUUCAUCGAGAUUCUUUUCGAGGACUAACUGAUUUAAGAAAUUUAGACUUAGGAGACAACAAUAUAUGGAUAUUACCCUCUGAAAUAUUUUGUCCUCUGUAUAGUUUAAAGGAAUUAAAUAUAACACAAAAUAGAUUACAAGAUAUAUCAAACUUAGGAUUCUCAGACUGGGGUAAUGGCCCCACUGCACCCGGAAAGUCUUGUAAUACGGUGUUAGAGACUUUAGAUAUGUCCUACAAUGAGAUAAGUGCACUGCCUGAUAACGGAUUAUCUAGUUUACGUGCACUACAAAAAUUAUUUAUGCAGAACAAUAGAAUAUCAGCUGUAGCUGAUCGUGCGUUUGUAGGACUAAGUGACUUGCAAAUACUUAAUUUAUCAACAAAUGCCUUAACGGCUCUACCACCAGAAAUGUUUCAGUCUUCACGAGAUAUAAAACAAAUUUAUCUAAAUAACAAUUCAUUAAGCGUGCUUGCACCUGGAUUAUUGGAAGGUUUGGAUCAACUUCAAAUAUUGGAUUUAUCUUUUAAUGAAUUAACGAGUGAAUGGGUAAAUAGAGAUACAUUUUCUGGCUUAGUGCGGCUUAUUGUAUUGAACUUAUCCCAUAAUAGAAUAACAAAAAUAGAUGCCUUACUUUUUCAAGAUUUGAACAAUCUGCAAUUUUUAAGUCUGGAAUUUAAUAAUGUAGCACGUAUAGCAGAUGGCGCUUUUUCAAAUCUAAAAAAUCUUCAUUCUCUCUCUUUGGCGCAUAACAACAUAAUUGAAGUUGACAGUAAUCAUUUUUCAAAUUUGUAUGUAUUAAAUCAAUUGUUUCUUGAUGGAAACAGAAUUACUAAAGUUGACUUACGUGCAUUUGAAAACAUAACAAAGCUUCACGACUUAGGUUUGAGUGGAAAUCAAUUGUCAGAGGUACCGGAUGCGAUAAAAACACUACGAUUUUUAACUUCUCUAGAUUUAGGGAUGAACAGAAUAACAAAAGUAACAACAAUUCAAUUUGAAGGUUUGGAUGAUUUAUACGGGCUGCGGCUUGUUGGAAAUAAAAUCGAAAAAAUUUCAAAAGACACAUUUGCUGCUUUGCCAUCUUUACAAAUACUAAACUUAGCUUCUAAUAACAUAGAUCAAAUAGAUGACGGAGCCUUCGCCUCAAAUAUGCAGUUGAAAGCGAUCGGAUUGGAUGGCAAUAAGUUGGUUGAUUUAAAGGGAAUAUUUACAAAUACUCAACCUCUAGUCUGGUUAAAUGUAUCAAAUAAUGAGUUACUUUGGUUUGACUACAGUCAUAUUCCUAAUAACCUAGAAUGGUUAGAUAUGCACGAAAAUAAAAUAGAAAAACUUGAGGACACUUUCGGUGUAAAAGAAACUUGCAAUAUUAAAAUGCUUGACGUAAGCUAUAACAAAAUUCGAAGCAUUGACGAAUUUUCUUUUCCUAGUAGCAUCGAAACUGCAGUUUUAAACAAUAAUUACAUCGAAAAAAUUAAUCCUGGUACCUUCCUACAGAAGUAUAAUUUAAACAAAGUUAUGCUAUAUUACAAUAAGCUAAAGACGUUAGAUGUUGGUGCAUUCGCAAUAUCAUCAGUUCCAGAGGACAAAGAUUUACCAGAGUUCUAUAUAAGCGAGAACCCCCUUGAAUGCGAUUGCACAAUGGAAUGGUUACAGAGAAUUAACCAAUUAAGUGACCUUAGACAGCGACCCAGGGUAAUGGAUUUAGAAAGUGUAAGGUGCUCUCUAACACAUUCACGAAGCAAUUCGGAUAUGCUGUUGCUAGAAGUUAAAUCCACAGAAUUUUUAUGUGAAUAUGAUUCUCACUGCUUCACCUUAUGCCAUUGUUGCGAUUUUGAUGCUUGCGACUGUAAGAUGACUUGUCCGGAUAAAUGUUCGUGUUAUCAUGAUCUCACUUGGAACUCGAACGUUGUCGAUUGUUCCAGCGCUGACUACGAUCACGUGCCAGAACAAAUACCAAUGGACGCGACUGAAAUUUAUUUGGAUGGAAACGUUCUUAAAGAAUUAGGAAAUCACGUAUUUAUCGGUAAAAAGCGAUUACAAGUUUUGUAUCUCAAUAACAGCAACAUCAAUUCAAUACAAAACAGAACGUUUAACGGUAUCGAAUCGUUAAGAGUUCUUCACUUGGAAAACAAUAACUUGGAGGUUUUGAGACACACCCAGUUCACAAGACUACAAAAUCUAAAUGAGCUAUAUUUACAAGAUAAUAAAAUUAGAGUAAUAGAAAACGAUACAUUCAACUAUCUGCCAUCUUUAGAAUUUUUGAAUCUCGACAAUAACGGAUAUGUCGAUUAUAUGCCUUGGAGAGUCAUCACAGAUAAUAAUCCACGCACCCGAGUAUCUGUAGAAGGAAACAACUGGAUAUGUGACUGUAAAGACGUAGCUCAGUUGAACCAAUGGCUAAUAAAAAAAUCAAAGGAUACCGAGACAAUGAUGUGCUACUUUGCUCAUGGCCAACCAAUGAAUAAAACUAUAGCAACGGUAGCGAAGGAAUGUAAAACAGAAACCACUACAGAGGAAACAGGGACAGAAACUUUAGAUCGUUUAUUCAUAGAAACGAAGGAUGGAGUGGAAAAUUAUAUGCCAUAUAUCGUAGUUGUGAUCGUAUUAAUAAUUGUUGUGUUUUUAAUAUGUGCUCUACUUUAUAUGUUCCGCGAAGAUUUUAAACUAUGGAUGCACUCAAAGUACGGUAUACGAGUAUUCAGUUCUAAAUCAAAAGACGUAAACGAUAACAAGAAUAAACGUUUCGAUGCAUUCUUUGUUUACAAUUUACGGGAUGAAGAUUUCGUUACGCGUGCCGUAAGUUCCGAUUUAGAGAAUUCGGGUCACACUUUAUGUUUACAACACAGAGACUUACAGUUAAUCGAGAGACGCUCUAGUGAUAGUUUAGUUAGUGCAGCCGAGAGUUCAAAAAGACUUGUGAUAGUAUUAUCGAUAAAUUUUUUACAACAAGAGUGGUAUGUGCCAGAGUCAAAAGCGGCAGUACAAAGUGCGAUUAAUUCAGUGAACGUAAGACAUAGACGGCAAAAAAUUAUAUUCCUUGUGACAAUUGAUUUAAGUGCCAUUAACAUUGACCCAGACUUAAAAGUGUUGCUUAAAACGUGUACAGUGAUUGUGUGGGGUGAAAAAAAUUGUUGGGAAAAACUAAAUUUUUGGUUACCUGAUGUAGACGUCACGUUACCAAAUCGGACGCUUCAUAAUGCGAAUAAUAUGAAAACUGGUAAUAGGGAGGGGUUCGGGAGGCACGGGAAUUUGAGGUAUACCGCGCCCCCAACAUCUCAUGACCCUUGGUACAAAUACGGAAUGGCGCCUCCCAUUCUGAUGAUGUCGAGUCCCAUGCAUUCGACUAGUGCUAGUGCGGAGGUAUCUGCGCGAAGCACUGAGGAUGAGACGUGCUCAGUCGCCAGCAGCGAAGGGCGACCCGAUGACAGGUUGCCUCAUCAUCAUAGUUAUGUCUCCAUAGACAAUCAUCAGUGUGAAGAGAGGCCUCUCAGGCCACCGCAACAAAUACCCAUGUCGAAUACACGGCCCACUAACGUGAGAAAGACUUACUUUGUAUAAAAAAUGUGAUUUAUUCUAAAUGUAUAUAUAUAAUAAUUAAACUUAAUUUUAAGUAGUUUUUUCUAAUAAUUCGCAUUAAAAUGUUAAGAUGUAGGAAUAAGCUGGUGCUGAACGCUAAAUAUUAUAAGAUUUAAAGGUUGUUUGUAACCAACGUUAUUAUAAUUAUGUUACUUUCCAUUUACAAGUACUACAAGUACCUUAUCACUGAGUAUAGUUUAUUUAAUAGUAUUGAAUUGCAUUUAAAUAUAAAUGUACCUGUUCAUCACGACUGUCACCGAGCUAAAUGCUUUUCCAUGUUACAAAAUAAAACAUUCCUGUCUGAAUAAUGCUGGAUAACUAACGUUAUAAGGUUCCUGAGAAAUCCUGUAAAUUAAUGCAGGAUAUAACGACUAAUUUGUGAUAGUUUAGGUACUUACGUUUGUCUCUACGAUUACAAGUGAGAAGUGUAUGUAACAAAAUGAAAUUAUAAAUUGUAUAUAUGAUAUUAUAAUAAUGUUAAAUAUGUCGAAGAACUGAAAUGUACCCUAGUCAAUUGUAAAUAGCUAUUCUAAAAUUUAAGUAUAUAAUUUGUGAUGUAAUUAUUAGUUAGGAUAUAAAAUACGUAUUUAUUACGCUUCCGAAAUGCAGAGUAUAAAUAAAUUAAUAUUUUGUCUA